CCCUCAGCCUCUACCUCUUCACAGUCCUCCUGUCAACAACCAGUGCUCUCUCAGACUCUAGCUAACAUCUCUAGCUGCACUUGUUACUGCUCUUUCUAUCAUCUUCACAGCAAGAAUCAAGAUUUGUUUUAGCACUAGUGUCUUCUCCACCAAAAAGGAAAGCAACAAUGUCCAGCAUCAUGAAAGUGUUUCUGCUCCUGGCUGUCAUCGUCUGCAUCACUGAAGCCCAACGUCAUCAAUCAGGAGGCUGUUUGUGUCAACGUGUCAGGAGUAAAAUACGCUCAAAAGUAAAGGACAUCCAAAUCCGCCCGGCAACCACGAUCUGUGACAAAGUGGAGAUUGUUGUCACCGACAGAAGUGGACUUCGCUUUUGCCUGGACCCCGAGUUGGCGGCAGUCCAGAGACUCAUGGCUUCCAUCAUAAAAGCCAGAACCACAGCCAGACCAGCUGCGCUCACUUCCAGCCCAGACAGCACCAACACACUUUCUGUCCGGGAUCAUGGUGAAAUAUGAUCGUUUUUUGAUCUCCGGAGACUUCAAUGUCCAUGUGUGUUGCGAGUCCAAACCUCUGGUUAGGGACUUUUUAAAUCUCCUUGA